AUGGAUCAUUACAACGGAGAUAGUGCCCAAUAUGGAGCUUCUGGACACUCUGCAGCCUACUCACCUACCCGCACGAAUACCACACACCCUCCAGGGGAUUCCGGCAGACACAGGAGCGCCGAAGGAGACAGCGCGGCGGACGGAUCGAAUCAUUUAUCAAGCGCUGCAUCAAAGCGCAAGAGACUCCAAGAGAGACAUCAAGCCCUCCGGAAACGGGGUCGAACUCCACCAUCAGUAUUCUCGCGACGCAAUCGUUCCCGCAGCCCAAAUGACGCCGCGCCACGCGAAGACCGACGCUCUAGAUCGCCCCUACAGCCACGCCGUUCUCCUUCCCCCGAAGCACCGCGGCAACGCAAGAGACCGGGUGGUGGAGCACGGCAGGGACUUGUAGACCGCGAAACACUACGACGCAGACAGGAGGAGCGCGAACGCGCAGAGCAGGAUGAAGCUAUGCGGAAUUCCCACCAGCGCGGAGUUGCGGACGUGGUUAGACAGCACUAUAAUGCGGUCCCCGAGAGAGGACGUGAGUGGCGCAAGACAGAAAGCAAGAUCAAGGGGCUUCGAAGCUUCAAUAACUGGGUGAAGAGUACUUUGAUCCAGAAAUUCUCGCCUGAUGAGACGUUCACCGCGCGAUUUGAUGACACUAAGGACUGGGCGGAUGAUAGCCAGGGGCCGCCGCCUGCUGCGGAUCACAAACUUCUUGUGCUGGACUUGGGUUGUGGCAAGGGUGGUGAUUUGGGCAAGUGGCAGCUGGCGCCUCAGCCAGUUGACCUCUACGUUGGCCUUGACCCGGCCAAUAUUUCGAUUGAUCAGGCGCGGGGUCGGUACGAACAAAUGCGUUCGGGUCGAGGCCAGCGAGGCCGUCGGCCACCCCAGCCAAUCUUCCACGCUGAGUUCUAUCCAAAGGACUGCUUUGGCGAGUGGCUGGGUGAUGUCAGCAUCGUCCAGCAGGUUGGCAUCGACGCCAAUGCCGGGCCGGGUGGAUCUAUCAUGGCCUCUCGCUACGGCGGUGGAGGCUUCGAUAUCGUUGCAGCUAUGUUUACUAUUCAUUAUGCGUUUGAGAGUGAGGAGAAGACACGCCAGAUGCUCAGCAAUGUCGCAGGUUGCUUGAAAAAAGGUGGUCGUUUCCUUGGUGUCUGUCCCAACUCAGACGUCAUCAGCAGCCGCGUGUCUACCUUCCAUAAGGAGCGCAAGGAGCGUGAGGCUGUCAAGCCUGCUGAGCCGGAGGGCCCCGAGGAUGGUGAAGUCGAGGAGGAUGAACGGGCCCAGUGGGGCAACGAUAUUUAUCGUGUUCGCUUUCCUGGCCCAACCCCCGAGGAUGGAGUCUUCCGCCCCCCUUUCGGAUGGAAGUACAGUUACUUCAUGAAGGAAGCAGUGGAGGAGGUUCCUGAAUACGUCGUUCCAUGGGAGGCUUUCCGAGCCCUCACCGAAGACUACAACCUUGAGCUACAAUAUCGCAAGCCGUUCUUGGAUAUUUGGGAAGAUGAAAAGAACCACCCAGAGCUGGGUCCGCUCAGUGAGCGGAUGGGCGUAAGAGACCGCGCAACUGGUGCUUUGAAUAUGACAGAGGAAGAAAAGGAGGCCGUCAGUUUCUACCAUGCCUACUGCUUCUAUAAGGUUUAG